AUGAUAUCACAAGAUAAUAAUCAAGAUAGUAGUUGUUUAACAACUACCACAACAACAACAACAUCAUCAUCAUCAACUACUACAAUUACAGGUGGUGUUGAAGAUUCCCCAACGAUGUCAACAACUACCACUCUUAUCAAGGAAGGUGCAAGCACAAUCAUUAUCGAUUCAUCACCACUUAAGAAAGAAAUAGAAUGCACAAAGAGUGUCGUUGUUGUUGUUGCUGCUGCUGCUACUACUACUACUACUGAGGAGUUGUUGCAACAAGAGAAACCAAAAGAAGCGGAAUUGGUUAAUAUUUGUGCAAAAUGGAGUGGCAAAGAGUAUAGAGUGUCUGUCGAGCGUAGUGAAACCAUAGCCGACUUGAAGAGAAAGUUGGAAUCACUUACGAACGUACUGAUCAAGCGUCAAAAGAUACUGGGAUUAUCAAAGGGAAUGCUACCACCCGAUGAAACGGUCAUUGGUACUCUCAAUAUACCGGCGAAUCACAAUAUCAUCAUGAUGGGCACACCAGAGGCAAACAUUAUCGUACAGCUGCCAGUGGAGAAUGAGAAUGUGUUCAACGAUCUCGAAUUCGACUACAUUCCAGACUCUGAUGAAAUAUCACAUCUCGAGAAGAAUCAAAACAAACUCGUUAAAUAUCGUGCCAAAGCAGAGAUCUCUGUCAUCAAUCAACCACGCACCAACAAGAAACUAUUGGUACUCGAUCUGGAUCAUACCAUUCUCGAUUUCAAAGAUCAAGAUGUAGCGAGUAAUUAA